UUCUUAAAACAGGACUCCAAUGGUGAGGAGUUGCUACCCCCUCCUCUUCGUCGUCCUCCUCCUCGCCGGGAAGUUCGCGCAAGCGACGAACGCCGGAAGUUCGCCGGAAUCAUGCAACGCAUGGCUGGUGCAGUCCAUCCCCACCGACAUGCCGCUACUCACCCGCGUACCCGGCGUGCUCUCCUCGGGGGAUGUGUUUAGAUGGAUGGCGGGAAACGCGACCAGGCGGCUGGACGUGAUUGCGCAGUACUGGCAGCUUUUAGCACAGUCCGGGAAUCCCAAAUCUGGGGACUACGGGUAUUCUAAUGGCGAUUUGGAGAGGUUCGGUGCGGGAGAAGGACGUGCUGUUUACAGGGCCUUGGAGGAGGCUGCGGAGAGGAGGGUUGAUAUAAGGUUUCUGCAGCAUUCUGGAGUUUAUCCGGAUUACACUGAGGAGCCAUCUAAUCUUGCUGCAGGAAAACCAAAUGUGCAGAAUGUGACCUUACUUCUCAGUGAUUGGUGGGGUUCUGGAAUUGUGCAUGCAAAAGUUUGGAUUUCUGAUUCUAAAGACAUUUACAUUGGAUCAGCUAACAAUGACUGGAAAUCUCUGACUCAAGUUAAAGAGGUUGGUGUCUACAUUGUAGGCUGUCCCAGCAUUGCCAAAAGAUUGGAGCACUAUUUUGAAAAUUUGUGGACAUUAUCGUCGCUUAACGCCACAGCAUACACCAGAACUGUUUGGGAUAACAUAUGGCAGGCUUCUAGAAAAGUUCCUUGCUGGUCUCAUUUCAUUCCUUAUAGAGAGAGAUGCAGCUCACCCUUACCACAUUAUGUUGAUACCCCACUAGUGGAUGGAUAUCCAUUUUUAUCUGAUCCUGAUAAAUUCAAUAUUUCACUUGUGACCCCGGGAUAUUGCACGACAACAACACUGCAAUAUUCAAGCAACCAGACAAGUUAUCUUUCAUUUGCCCCCCCAGAGCUAUUAUUUAACAAGUUGCAAGCAGAUGAGCAGGCAUGGGUGGAGACAAUCAAAUCUGCAACAUUUGGGGGCACUGUUAGAAUUAAUACAAUGGAUUGGUUGGGACAAUCCCAGUACACAAAACAGACAAUAUAUUGGUCCUCUCUUUCAUCUGCAGUGUCAGAGGUAAUUUUCAGCAAGAAUGCAAGAGUCAAUCUAUUAGUAGCAUACUGGACACACAAUCUUGAAGGCACAGAACAAUACCUCAAAUCUCUUCUAUACUCAAACAUUUUGUGCAGAUCAUCAAAAUAUAACAAAUGUAGAGGAAAAAUUGCAGUCAAGUAUUACAAGGUUCCUUUUUAUGACAAAACUGGACCUGCCUUAAUCAAUGGAACGGCUACAGGAAACAUCUACCCUGCUUACUCUCGUGUUAAUCAUGGAAAAUACGUCGUAAGCGACGUGAGAGCGCACGUGGGAACGAGCAAUCUCGUGUGGGAUUAUUUUUAUACUACAGCAGGUGUGAGCUUUGGUACAUAUAAUCCAGGUAUUGUUUCACAAUUACAGGAAAUAUUUGAUGCAGAUUGGAAUUCUCCUUAUGCUGUUCCAGUUGAACCAAUAGCUGCGGCUUAGCUUGCUCAGCAGCUAAAAACUGAAGAAUGUGUGCAAUGGGUCAUUUUAGUCUCAGAGUUUAUAAAAGCAUCCAUUUAAUCCUCAUUCUUUCUUAAUAUAAAGAUUAUGUCAGCCCAAAUUUAAAGUCUAGGAAUUAAUUUGACAUUUUUAUAAACUUCAAGUUAAAUGUCAAGAGACUAUUUUGACACUUUCACCUAAAGAAAUGUAU